AUGGCCGCGGCCGUAGCUAUUACCUCUACGACAGGCGAGCCCUCGAUACACACCAAGCACAUGGCCAGCAAAACGCACAACUGCCCAAACUGCGGGACCGAGAUGCCACCCGAAGAAAGCAGACGAGAGCAAAAGAGAAUCGUAGAGCUGGAAGCGCAAAUCGAAAUGCUCAAGGAGAAAGCGACAGCUGCCGUGGAUCGAUGCGCCGAUUACGAAGACCAGAUACGCAAUAUGCAGCAAGCCCAGAAUAGCCUCCUCCCUUCAGAUGCGACCAACUCGCUGCAACCCACGGGUAGACCAUCGCACGAGGAGGCCCGCCCCUCGACGGCAAACUCCACCACGGGACGAACCUCACGCUUCUCUUUCCUCAUGGCACGGCGCGGUUCUCCGGCCGCAUCCACAACGUCCACAACGGAUCCCGAGCUUCUGGAGCAACUGGUAAAAGAGCGCGCAUUGCGCACCAAAGCGGAGGAAAAGGCACGCAAAGUGGACAUUGAGAUCGAAGAGCUGAGUGUCCAACUGUUCUCGCAGGCGAACGAGAUGGUGGCCACGGAGCGCAAAGCCCGAGCCAAACUGGAGGCCAGGGUGGAGCAGCUGGAGUCUAAAGACAAGGAGAAGAUGGCACGGCUAGAAAGACUGGAAAAGGCAGUGAGCAGGAUCGAUCGCGUAAAAGCUUUGCUUGCGGCCCCGUCGCCAGCGGCUGUUGGGCCGAGAAAGAGCUGAGACGAAAGACUGCCUCGAUAAAAAGGGCCCUGGCGGGUCAUGGUUUCCCUUUGCGUUUCUUCCGCUUCCGAUUCUUUGGACGAUACCCGCGAUACCC